CCCAACUCUUUAUCUCCGCGCGUAGCCGUCCUUGCUCCCCACUUUAUGCAAUUCCCGUGAAGCGGCCAGUGGAAGGUAAAGGGUGGUCUCUUGGGAAGCAGGGCGACGGACAUCCGGAGCUAGCUUGGAAAGAUCUGCAAUGUCACGUGGAAAGUUGGCGCUGCAUGAGGCCUCCCCACGCGCUGCACUGAGUAGGACCUCGCUGAAAUGCCUCCUCCGAAUACUCUGGACGAUUACAGCACAGCUCCCUCCACGCGGACUAUGUCAUCCUCAACUUGCCCGUUGCCGACCGCGAAGAACCAAAGCCGAUCUGCUUUGGUUGUACAACUUUCAUCGCCUCUUCAUAGUUGAACCUAUGCAGACUGCGAGACAGAAGCUGCGAAGCGUAUACUUCCAGGAACUUCAUCGCGCAAGUUUCUUUCCCGUCUGGCAAGGCCACGUUGGAAACCGGAUGAUCGGGGUGAGGUGCUGCAGCGUGCAGAGAAACAAGCGGGCAAGCAAAGCACUGUGAUGUCCCAGCGACGAAGGCGCGACCGCACAAUUGUGGCGGUGUGACCUGCUU